AUGUCAUUCCCCUACAAACAUGUCCUCCUCAUCGGCGCUACGGCAGGUAUCGGCCGUGCUAUGGCUGAUCGAUUCAUUGAGACGGGAGUCAAGGUUACGGCCGUUGGUCGUCGGCAAGACCGUCUAGAUGAGUUUGUGCAGAAGUAUGGUGAGGAAAAAGCUAGUGGAGUUGCGUUUGAUAUUUCUGAUAUCUCGAAGACUCCGGGUUUUGCUCAGAGUGUGAUUCAAUCGUAUCCCGACAUUGACUGCUUAUUCCUCAAUGCUGGUACCCAGAAUGUUUACGACUUAAGCGAUCCCGCUAGCUUUGAUCUGGAGAAGUUCCAGAACGAAGUCCACAUCAACUACAUUAGCCUUGUCGCGCUUGUGCAUGCGUUUGUCCCAGUCUUCACGAAAAGAGAUACACCAACGAGCAUUAUCUUUACUGGCUCCAACAUCGCCAUAGUCCCCGCCGCAACUCUCCCUGCAUACUCCGGCUCCAAAGCGGCCUUGAACGUCUUUACCCUCUGUCUACGCGAGAAUCUUCGAAACACAAAUGUCAAGGUCAUCGAGGUCUCUCCUCCGCCUGUACAAACUGAAUUACACGAUUACAUGGGUGACAAGGGCAGAGAUUUGGGUAUGCCUGUGGAUAGGUUUACAGAUGAGGCGCACAGCGGUCUUCUCGAGGGUAAGGACCAGAUCAUUAUUGGUGCGGUCGGUCCUGCGGAGACGUUUAAUGAGAUCGUUGAUAAACGCCGCGAGGCGUUUGACAAUUUGGCCAAGUUGAUGAGACCGGUUAAUUGA